UCCUGGCAACUUUAACCACUAGUGCUUCCCACGGUGAUGCGCAGUGAGUCUCGCGCCCUGCACGCGCACACACCAGCCUGUCCGGUUCACGUGAGGGUAAAGAGCAGCUUUCAGUGAGUGGGAAAGUAAAUGGGAUAAAAAAAUCCAGUCAGUAGACCAGCAGGUCGAACAUUCAAAGCUUCUUAACCGCAGCAGGUGGAAAGAGGAGGAAGAGCUCGAGGAGAAGGAGGAGGCGCGCGCGCGGAGUGUAGAAAGACCUCCGUGGUUUUAUCAUUUACCUGUGCAUCUCAUUUGCCACCUUUAAUUUGCUCGUUCUCAGGCUGUCUUCAUAAUGGACAGAUGGACAGUGUGAAGAGAGCGUCACCAAACAGGGAAAGGCUGUUGCGUACGCACAGACCAAGUGCGCAAAUGUCUGCUAUGAGACUGGAUAGAGACAGAAAGAGUUGGCACUCCUGGGAGAGCUCGAGGACGGGCAGAAGGAGUGCAGUUAGGGCGAUGAUAAGGGAUGUAGUGCACGGACAGCACUGGACCGUGAUUCUCCUGCUCUCGCUCGCGCUACAGCCGCAGGUUGUGUCUGCGGUGGGCAAAUUUGAGGUGGAGAUUCGACAGUGGCUGAACCCUCAGGGCUUUCUACAGAGUGGUCAGUGCUGUGACCCCCAGGCCAGCGGGGGGCAGCGCUGCUCAUCAGGUGAUCAGUGUGACACCUUCUUCAAGGCCUGUCUGAAGGAGUACCAGGCUCGGGUUUCACCGACCGGCACCUGUACUUACGGCACUGGCAGCACACCUGUCCUGGGUGGCAACUCCCACACCUUACAUCACCAUGGAAAUGAGGGAAGUGACAGCAGAAAUGGACGGAUUGUAAUCCCAUUUAAAUAUGCAUGGCCAAAAUCGUUUUCCCUGGUGAUCGAGGCUCUGGAUCAUGACAAUGAAACAUCAGAGGCAGGUCGGGAGGAAUUAAUAGAGCGAGUGCUGCUUUCCUCUAUGCUGAACCCAGGUGAGAAGUGGCAGUCGUUCCCCCAUCACGGUCACAGGUUUAAUCUGGAAUACCGCCUGCGAUUCCGCUGUGAUACCAAUUACUACGGCCCACUCUGCAACAAACUCUGUCGAGCACGAGAUGACUUUUUCGGCCAUUUUGACUGUGAUCCUUACGGGAUUAAGGUGUGUAAGGAGGGCUGGACUGGAGCAGAGUGCCGACAGGCGGUGUGUAAGCAGAGAUGUCACGUGGACCACGGUUCCUGCGAUGUGCCCGGAGAAUGCAAGUGUCAUUAUGGCUGGAAGGGUGAUCUGUGUGAUGAGUGCGAGACGUUUCCUGGGUGUGAUCAUGGCACUUGCACUGAACCCUGGAAGUGUGUGUGUGACACAAAUUGGGGCGGCCUGCUCUGUGACAAAGAUCUGAAUUAUUGUGGUAACCAUCAGCCAUGCAAGAACGCUGGUACUUGUACCAACACUGAACCGAACGAGUACCUGUGUGUGUGUCAGGAGGGCUUUCGUGGCCGCAACUGUGACAUCGUGGAGCACGCUUGUCUCUCCUCUCCAUGUGGGAAUGGAGGAACGUGUAUUGAAGACCCAACAGGCUUCAGCUGUGUCUGCGCGUCGGGCUGGACGGGACCCUCCUGUGCCUCCGCAGUGUUGCAGUGUGACUCCAGUCCUUGUGGUCGUGGGGCCACAUGUCAAGAGACGGAGCAAGGUUUCCAGUGUCUAUGUCCUCCAUUCUGGACCGGCAGAACCUGCCAGCUCGACACUAAUGAAUGUGAGACUGGCGUGUGUGUCAAUGCUCGCUCCUGCCGUAAUCUGAUUGGAGGAUAUUUGUGUGACUGCCUUCCCGGUUGGUCAGGAGCAAACUGUGACAUCCGGAACAGUAGCUGCCAGGGCUUGUGUCUGAAUGGAGGACACUGUAAGGACUCCCAGUGUGUGUGUUUGCCGGGAUUCUCUGGGAAACUGUGCCAGACAGCAGUAAACGCCUGUGACAGCAAUCCUUGUGUAAAUGGAGGGCAGUGUGUCGAGCGUCAGGAUGGCAGAGGCAUGUUGUGCAGUUGCCCGCUGGGAUACACUGGCUCCUACUGUGAGGCGGAACUGGAUCUCUGUAAUCCCAACCCCUGCCCGAAGGGGGCGCCAUGCCACAGUACAGGAGGAGGCUACAAGUGUGCCUGUCCUGAGGGUUACUUUGGAAACGACUGCCUGAGCCUGAAGGAUCCAUGUCAUGAACCCCAUUGCCAAGGAGCCGUGUCAGACCCAGGGGUGAGCGGGUUCAGUCUUUAUAUGGUGUUGGUGGGUGUGUUUGCCCUGCUUGUGUCGGGCAGCUGCUCUGUGUGUGCAUUACUACUGUCCCGUCUGCACCACCGCCAUCGAACCAAAGAGCAGCUGCGCACCUCAGCGCCCGAAGACAACGCCAUUAACAACCAGCGGCUCUGCACUCUCAUCCGUAACCUGGACCACAGCGUGGCUCUGCUGCCUCCUGCCCAAACAGUGCCCACCUCGGUGCCCACGCCAGUGCUCUGCAGCGAAGAGAUCGAGCUCACUCUUCCUCCCUCACCUGCACCCUCUCCGGCUCUCAAACCAGCACUCGGACCCAAGAUGGACAUCUGCAACCGCCAGCGCGAGAAACUCAACCGCUUCCACUAUGCAGAAAACCAGGACCUGGAGGUGUGACUGACUGCACUGUGACCUCUGGGGGAAUAAAUGACUUCUGCUGUGGUCUCUUAAUCAACCUCUGCUGAUGAACCUUGACCUCUGAGCUUUGCGUUAUAGAGAUCUGAGAGGGUUCAAACUGGGAAGGAUAUUAUUGGCACGCUCAACUGAAGAAACUCUAUUGACAGACAGAGUCCAAAAUUUGUAUUUGCUGCCUUGCCAAUGAUCGUUGAAUUAAAGGCACACUAUGUAAGAUUUCUGGAUUCAAAUAUCCAAUAAUCAAUAGAACAAUGUUAUAUAUUUUGUUGAUUUGUGUACUUACAUUAUCCCAAAUGUUUCUAAGAAUGUUUACAUUCAGAGAAAUGAGCAGUUUUUAAACAGUCGCCUAUCGAUGACAUC